GCUCUGGGCAAGAUCGAUUAGGCCUGAGGGUGCGAGAGUUGUUCCGCCGUUGCGAAUACCUAGACAGGGCCACACAGAAACAUGGUGCUUUCAUUCUGGGAAGCCCUGAAUCGCACAAACUUCACACAUCACUGACUAAAGUUAUAUUUACCUACAACUCCUGCCUAAAUAGGGCAUAUGAAGGAUGAAGCAAGAGAAGGCUAGACAUGUUGUCCUCUAGGCUUUGAGCAAGGGUAGCAUUCAUCUGUGUUCUUGUUGAACUGAAACACCACAUCUCUUUUCUCUGUUGUUGCUAUAAUAUGCACAACUUUUGGUUUCUCUUCAAUGACAAAGAUUGAGAUUUGACCAUAAAUGGUGGAAUCACUUCUGCUGAGUAAUAUAGCCAUGGGGAACCUGUGCAACUCCAGUCCAAAGCUGGACCCAGAUUCAGCAUGGAAAGAGCAAAACAAGGAGUCCAAGGAGAAUCCUAUGUACAAAUUUGCUGACCUGGCGAAAGGUGGAUGUCUUGUGAAAACCUUUCAGGAUGCCUUUCAGCGUCAUGGGCGAGAUGCAGCUGACAAAGCAGUCCAAGAGUUUGCUUUGAGAGAAAUAGCCAUGCUGUUGUAUAACGGGGGCAAAGGAAAGACUGUCACACGCGCUGAUUUCAUACAUUGGAAACAUCGAUGUGCUUUAAAAAGAAAAGGGGCUUCCAUAAUGAAUUUUGUUUCUGACCAGUCAGUAAUUAUGGAUUACAAGGAAGAUGAGUUUAAUAAGAUAGAGGACCACGAGGUCUGCUGGAACCUUGAUCACAGAGGGGCUGUUGGGGAGACACCUUUACAUCUUCUCUUCCUCAUGGACUCCUACAUGCACACUGAGGUUGGUUACCUUAUCCUCGACCUUUACCCAAAGCUGGCAGUGGAUAUCUACGAGGGGGACGAGUAUUAUGGAGAGAGUUGCCUACAUAUUGCCAUUGUUUAUGGUAACUUUGAGCUUGUGAAAAGACUUGUUGAAUGUGGUGCUAAUGUCAACCAAAGAGCUACAGGUCAGUUUUUCCUACCUGAAGAUCAAAAGCGAGGCAAGAAGAAAAAACAAACCAACUAUGAUGGUUAUGCUUACUAUGGAGAAUACCCACUGGCGUUUGCAUGUUGCUUUGGUAACCGCGAAAUGUAUGAUUACCUGCUGGAUCACGGUGCUGAUCCUGAUUACCAAGACUCAUUUGGCAACACUGUUCUUCAUAUGGCAGUCAUUGCCAAUCAAGUUGAAAUGUACAAGUAUGCAUUUCAACAUCACAAGAAGCCAGCCAAACCAGCUUUGAAGAAUAAUGCCAAACUGACACCUCUCACUCUUGCCAGCAAACUUGGGAGACAUGAAAUAUUUUUAGAGAUGUUGGAAUUAAGCAGUGUGGUGAGCUGGCACUACAGUAACAUCAAAUGUUCAGUUUACCCCCUGGCUCCCUUGGACACUAUAAGUCCUUCAGGCAACACUAACUGGCAGUCGGCACUGUGGUUUAUUAUCAAUGGUGAGACAGAUGAGCACCUGGACAUGCUUGAAGGAGGGGUGAUACGCCAACUAUUGGAGGAGAAGUGGAAGACAUUUGCGGCGAGGCGUUUUUUCCAACGUUUGGCAUUGGCAUUAUUUCACUUGAUCAUGGUCAGCAUAAGUGUGUAUUUAAGGCCUGCUGACAAACUUUUACAAUACAGAGGAGCUGUAGAUGUGGCUCGUUACACUGCUGAAAUCAUUACUGUUAUUGGCUGUGCUUCCAAUACAGUGUUGAGCCUAAAGGAGAUUCAUUCCCAACGCUUCAAGGGCUUUAUUGGCAACUGUAAACAUGCCCCUGCCAAGACUAUCUUCCUUGUAUCCUGUAUCCUGAUGAUACUGUGCCUCCCAUGCCGACUGCUGAGCUUGGCUGUGGAUCCGUAUCAAUGCCAGCAGGUGGAGGACACCCUAAUGAUCAUUGCUGUGCCUUGUGCCUGGGUCUUCCUGCUUUUCUUCGCCAGGAGUGUAAAAUUAACAGGUCCUUUUGUCACUAUGAUCUACAAAAUGUGCACGGGUGACUUGUUCAGAUUUGGCAUCAUUUAUGCCAUUUUCUUGAUUGGCUUCACACAAGGGUUUUACUUUCUGUUCCGUGAUAUAGAGGAUAAGAGCAUCACCAGUUUUGACACCUUACCCACCACUGUAAUGACCUUGAUCCAGAUGACCUUGGGAGAGUUCAGGUAUCAAGAGUUUGACUAUACCCACUAUGCCUUCCUGACGAAGCUGGUGUUUGGCGUCUUCAUGGUGUUUGUUCCAAUCCUUCUCUUGAACAUGUUGAUAGCCAUGAUGGGGAACACAUACCAACAGGUGAUCUCAAAAUCAGAGAAAGAAUGGCGAAGACAGUCAGCUAAAAUUGUGAUAGUUUUGGAGCGUGCCUUCCACAAGGAUGAUCUGCAGCGAUAUCAGGAGCGGUACUCUGUGAAGAUGGGAAGUCCGGCCAAUGAAGAUGGAGAAAAGGCAGAGAAUGAGGGUCAUCGCAGAGGCAUUAUGGUCAUCAAGGCAUGCAAUAAGACAAAGGCCAAGCAGAGGAAAGGGGCUGUUAAUCACUGGAAGAAAUUUGGCCGGGAAGUUAUGCGUCAAAUAAAGGAACAGAAGAAAGAAGGGAAACAUGGCCCUAUUGAACUGAAAACACGGAAAAGGCGCUCUAGGCAUAAACGUUCUCGCAGUCAAGAUAAAAUGGAUGAUGAUCGACCUAGCUCUGGAGAUUCUACCAGGUUAUCGAGGAAUAUUUUCUCUGCGGUUGACCAAUUAGCAUGGGAGAGGAAAUUAGACUACCAGCAAGGCCAGUCCCUGGAGAAACACGUCAGUCAGAUGACCAUACCCGUGUAUGAUACAGAGGACGAUCUAGCAGACAAUGGGGCAUUGAUCAGUGACAAGAAACCACCCAUCGACAAGCGCAAGAGAAAGAGUCACAAGACCCCAACAGGCAGCCCCAAGAGCCGGCGACCACACCGUAACCAGGUGCAGCCUAUUGUGCAAGAGUACUCGGAAGGUUCACCUGCUCACGGUGGACAUGACUCCCAAUUGGUGUCAAUUCCUUCAGAAACCACUCUGGAUAUUGUCACUCUUGGAGAGGGGGAACGAUUUGUCACCAAGACUAGCAGGCUUACAAACACUGUGAGUUCAGAGGCUGCCGACUCUCAUGCUGAGGUCAUGGCUUAUCCCGACAGUGCCUCGGGCAAAGCAGCAACGAAUGAGGGAUGUGCUGAUGGUGAGCGCAGUGUCGGGUCAGCUGUGUCGAGGGGCUCAGCCAUUUCUGAGGGCUCCAGUCGCAGCCAUGACUCUCCUCACCGCAGAAAGAAGAAAAGGAGGAAGGAGAAAAAGGAUCGAGGGGGAGGUACAAUGGUAUCUCAGACAAGUUUGAACGCCUCGUUGACCUCAUUAAUAAUGGCGCAGGGGAAUGUGCAUUGUCUCAACGAUAACAGAGGGGAUACUGAAGACACACCUGUGUGAAGAAUGGUUCACAUAUUGUUGUCUCUUUACCUGGCUUUUGCAUGAGAUGGUAUUAUCAGUUGGUACAGUUUGUGAACUUUGCGGUGGAAUAUGACCAUAAUUCAGAUUAAUAUGGCCAUAAUUCAGGUGUUGGUGUUAAUGAUUGCAGAGUGUAUAACAUUUAUUCUUAUACUCGUGGUAACAUGUUCAAAAUAAUGAAUGAAAGAAUUAAGGAAUGAAAUAUACACUCAUCUAUUUGAAAUUAAAUUUGAGCUGAGUCACGUAGAAAAAACUGUAGGAUAUGGAAAUGAAUGUGUGUAGGGUAGAGAGUUUUCUCACUGCUAACAAGCAAAGACGAGUAUAAUACAUUCCAUUGAAAAAACACUAGUAUGGGGAUUUUUUGUGGUUGUAUUUACCUUUAUAGGCAAUAUUUUGAUGUAACAGUUUAUAAUUAAAAUCAUUUUUCAGAAUAAAUUGUUUUAGGUGAUAUACAUCUCUUUACCUACAAUUGUUACAGGUAGGCAAAAACUUGUAACUGCUUAUCUUUUGAACUGUAUUUUUAUUAACUUUAUUGUUAGGCAUAUGUUACCUUUGUUUUGAAUCAUAUUGCAAGCUAAGGCUAAUCCGUCCAGGUUGACAUAUUGUGGUGUAAUAUGAUUUUCACUUUUCAUGAAAAUUUUCAUGGAGUAAAAUAGGUUUUUUAUCAUUAUUGGAUAUAAAUAUAAUUUGGCAUAGUACAAUAUCAGUGAUAAAAAUAUUUGUAAAUGUUAUUUGUAAGCAGAUAUUUUAGAUGUAAUGGAAUUGUUAAAAAAAAUCAGGACAUAUAUUAAUUAGGUAGUAUUUCAUCUUAUAAGAGUUGAAGUUAUUCAAAGUAAAUUAUUUUUGCCCUAAUUGUGGAUAUACCACAAGAAACAUUUCUGUAUAAAUAAGACACAAAUUGCUUUUAAUUUGUAAUUGUUAGGGAUAAUUGUUGGAUUUCUUUUGAAAACGGAAUUGUUACAGACGUCCCAUAGGGUUUAGCAUACAUGUAAUUACGUUAUAUUUGGGACAUUGUCCAUUUUGGUUUCUGAUUUACAUCAGCAAAUAUAAUUUGAGUGCAAGUAUUUGCAACUAGAGCAUGUAUAAGGAAAAAUUGUUGCAUGUUGGUGUUCAAUACCAUUUCUGUUUUUCAGGUGAAAUAUUAUUUGAAGUAUAUGUACUUAAAAGGCUGAAAUUUAGUUUUGGCUGCAGUUCAUUUUGUGAAGGUGUAGACACCUUGCGUUUUGAGAAGCAAUGAAAAGUUCCAUGACAAAGGCAAAAACAUGUAUAUAGGGUAAUCCGAAUGUCAUCGUCUGUAGUGUGCAACUUUCUUGAACUGCAUAAAUGUCUGUUAUCCCAUUUCAAGUUCUGUAUAACAGCUGGCUGAUAAUUUUAAGGACAGAUAACUUGGCAUGGUAAACCAUGUUGUUUUUCUGAAUCUUUAAAUAGCCAGCACAUGUAGGCAGGCAUGCAUGCAUGAUACUCAGUGUUCCACAUUUGUGGGUUCUACUAUAGUCUUAGAGCAAGAGAAAUAUAACCACUGUCAAAGUAUUGCUUUUUUAUCCAACAUUGUGAGUAGAUAAAAAAAAGGUGAGCAAAACCUUUCUGGCAACUAGAUGGGAAAUCUUCCCACGGUGGUGCAGUAACCCUAAUGCAGCAUAAUUUUUUCAUACUUGACUGUAAAUUGUUAAACAACAUGCCUGUGAACCAUUGGAAUGGUGUGAUUCAUAGUUCUUGUUUUAUCAGAAAUCAAAAGGUAAGGUCAGAAGCAGACAUUGCCGUUUUAAGGCAUAUUCCUGUGGAGAAUUACAAUCAUGAUAAAAAUUUAUGGAACCAAAAUUAUUUGUGCAUAUUUCAUAUCAAGUCAGUGUUGCAAGCAAAUCUGAAUGUUGGUUUAAGUUAUGAAAUUUUUUUGAAAAGUGAAAUAUGAAAUUUUCGUUCCUAGUACCAUUGAUUGCACAUUUUUUAAUUAUGUUUUUAAUUAUUUAAUCAUGUUUAUGUGUCCAAGCUAUAUAUAAAUAUCACAAUAUCCAAACAUCACAAUAAAUAUGCAUGGAGGAUAGUUAGAUGGAUAGAAGAUUACAGUAGCUCUGCUUAUUAUUUGAAGAUGCUAAUACUAUUUGCUGAAAUAGUUUUCAACUAUUACAUGAUGUUACAUUGUAAUUUCUUUUCAUCAGCAAUUUGUUAUAUACCGGUACUAGUAACAACUUCAAUCGGAAAUGCCAGGGAAACUCAUUCCAAAAAAGUUUAUCACUGUGAUGGUUAAUGGCUAGAGCAAGAUUGAGACGAUUUCCCAGUUAGAUGUUGAAUUCAGUACAACAGUUAUUAACCCAAUUAAUCUUGCUGAGGGAAAAUUUGAGACAACUGGAAAUACUGAAUGACACCAUCCUUAGGUUGGGAAUAAUGGGGUUCUUUUUUGUGCUGGUCUUGCCAAGUAUCAUGGGCAUUAAAUAAAGUUUAAAGUAUCAAUUGUCCAUAUAUAAAUGUUGAGAAUAUCCAGUGCAUUAAGAGUAAGAGAUGGAGGUAUUAUUUAUUUUUUCUUUUUGCAAGAAAGUAGUGGUUUUAAUGGAUAUGACAAAGUUUUAUGUUAAAACUUUUGGAUGUUGUGUUACUGUGCAUUCUGUAAACUGACUUUACACAUGUGAUAUGAACAUUUAGAUUUCCAUACCCAAGCAUUUCAGGGGAAUGUUUAUUAAGAUUUGUAUAUUUUGUUAUAGACCAAUAAUGCAUAUCGUUGUUUGUAGCUAAUUGCUUUGUCUUUUUGUACAAAUGAUAUAUAUGGUUAUCUUAUUAACCUUGUACUGACGACAUUCCUGUAAGCCUAUACCAGAUACAUGGGUAGGUCAGAAAUGACAUUGAAUAAAUUCAAUAAUUGUAAAUUAAU